CCCUCUCACUUUCUCCUUUCGCCGACACACACAUUUCUUCCAACUUGCUUCCAAUAAUAUUACAUAUAUAAAUCUCUCUAAUUUCUCCAUUGCAUCUCAAACCAAAAAAAAAAAACCCAAAAUCCCCUCUCCAAAAAUUGUUCUUCUUCCUCUUGCCAAUGGCUUCGAGCUCUUUGAAGCAGCAGCGACCGGAGACGACAUGGACGGCAAAGCAAAACAAGCUCUUUGAGAAGGCAUUGGCGUUGUACGACAAAGAGACGCCGGAGAGAUGGCAUAAUAUCGCCAUGGCAGUCGGCGGGAAGUCAACUGACGAAGUUAAACGACACUAUGAGGUACUCUUGGAAGAUCUCCGGCGAAUCGAGUCCGGUCGUGUUCCUAUUCCCAAUUAUAGAGGCGGAGGCAAUAGAGAUGAAGAGCUGAGCUAACUCCAUCUUUAUUGGUGAUUUCUACAAUAAAAUUUCUUCUUUGCCUGGCCAAGCAAACCUUGGGGAAAAAGGCAGUAUUUUCAUCUCUCUCUAAAAACUAUUGUUUUUUAAAUCUUUGAGCCCAAUAGAGGUUGUCUUUGUUAAUAGCAUUGUUGAAAUCUGCUUUGAGAGAAAAUCUUCUUUAAUAAUCAAUAUCAGACAAGUUCUGAUUAGCUUUAAGUCUGUCAAUAACUUCUAUUUCUUUGAUCCAUCUUUGUUUCUUGGCCUUAUUAGUAAUCUUUUGUAUUCUGCUGUAAUUUUUGACAGUAUAAGCAAGUUUUUUCAAUCUCCUAAUGAAAGAGUAUCCUAGGAAUCCAAUUUGGUGCGUGUUGUUCCACCAAAAGUUGAUAUUAUUCUUGAAGCUCAAGUUAUCUAGCUCAUAAUUGUUUUACCUAAAAGGACAAGGGUCCAAAGUAAGAUUUGAAGUCUCAAGGGCAAUUGGAAAGUGGUAAAAUAUAGUUCUAGCAAGCAACUUGGUAUAAUAUGGAAGGAAUUUAUCUUCCCAAUUCUGUUAAUACAAGGAAA